GUUGGUAUGAAACAAAUGGACCCAAAACCAGAAGUAAUAAACAAAUGAAAGAGUCAAAAACUCAAAUCGAAAUAGACUCCUUAAUAAAAUAAGGCGUGUUGGUGAACGGUUUGAAACGAAGGGUCCACUAGAUCAAAGUGGUCCCCAAAGCAACACAAAAAAAUAGUUUAAAAUGUUUUGUUACCUAUUGGUCAAUCGUUUAAAAAAGCACUUUCCUAGGUGGUGUGUGGGCUGACAGACACACGCCGCGUAAAACCACUCGCUCGCAUGAAAAUUUGCCAUUUUUGCAUGCAAAGUGUUUCAUAGACCCUAUCUAUCUUUAGCUAUAGCCACCGCCAUAUCAUCAUCUCUUUGAUCCCUUUCACGUUUCCAUCUCUUCUGUCUCAGUCUCCUUCUAUUACUCUAAGUCUUCCCAUUCUAUUUUUAUGCAAUUACAAAUACUUAAGUUUUUUUUGUUAUCAAUACUGAAAAUUACUCUAUUUGUUCAUCAGAUUUUUUUGUUUCAAACACAAAUCUCUUAAAAUCCCGAUAUUUUCUCUUGUUAACCCCAACUCUAACUAAACUAAUUAACAACCCUUUUACUAAUACUACCCAAAACCCUUCACCUCUUCAUCUUCCUCUGUUUUUUGAGUUAUGGCUCAGCAAAACGGCGAUUCUUUAUUUCCGUCGAUGCCGUUUGAUCCGUCAAUUUUUCAUUCAAGAAACACACCAUCCUCAUCCUCAUUAUCAUCUCUCCGUCACCCACACCAUCUUUUAUCUCAAACUUCCACUACCCAAAACCCUUAUUCUAAUACUCAAGACAUUGAAUCUUUAUUUUCUCGCCUUAAUGUCGACGCCCCCCUCGGGUCGGUUUUAAAUCGUCCAUUUAUGGGUACUCAGGCUUCUGGUGUUCAAGAUUAUGAUAUGGCACUACAGUUUAGUAACCUCAACCACUACAGCGGUGUAAAUUCUUCCGCGUAUCUUGGAUUACCGCCAGAUUACUGCUCUACAAGUACAAGCAGUAUUUUGGAAAAUUUUGUAAAUGAUUCAGUUCAGUUCCCCUGGAGAGGAGGUAUUAUUUCAAAUGGCUUGCCAUCGAAACCACCCCGAAAUUCUAGCAAGCCUUAUUGGUUACAGGAAGAGCCUUGUGGAUUGUCAGCUUUGGAGUAUAAUUAUAUGAGGGGUCCUUUGAGUUUGUAUUAUUUGAUGGGAAAUAUUGUGCGUUUAGCUAAGGAUCAAAAGCACUGUAGGUUAGUGCAGAAGGCUCUUGAUAAUGUAACACCUGAGGAAACUCAUAUGGUACUUUUAGAGAUUAUUGAUUCUAUAUGUGAAUUGAUGCCACACCCGUUUGGGAAUUUUGUUGUACAAAAGCUUGUUGAGGUGUGUACUGAGGAACAGAGGCUUAUGAUUUUGUUGGCAAUUACUGAAACUGAAAAGCAACUUUUUAGGAUUUGUCUCGACGUGCAUGGAACUCGCGCUUUAAUGAAGCUGUUGGAAAGCAUUGCCACCCAUCAAGGCUCUGUUACUUCUAGACAGCAAGUUUCUGUAGUUAUGUCAGCUAUAAGCAGAGAUGCAAUUGAUUUUGCUAAGGACACAAAUGGCCACCAUAUCAUCAAGUAUUGCUUGGACCAUUUCUUACCUGAAGACUACAAGUAUCUUCUGAGAGUGGUGGCACAUAGCUGCUUUGAUAUUGCAACAGAUAAAAGUGGAUGUUGUAUACUUCAGUACUGUGUUGAUCUCUCUUCAGGAGAUGCAAGAGACCUUCUGGUGGUUAAGAUUACAGAGAUCGCUCUCCCUCUAGCACAUGAUAGAUACGGCAACUAUGUAGUACAGCAUUUGUUAGGAUUGAGGAUCCCAGAAAUCACAGCAAGUCUUCUCAGACAACUUGAAGGGAGUUUUGUAGCUCUUGCGUGUGAUAAGUAUGGCAGCAAUGUUGUGGAGAAAUGCCUGGUCGAUUCAAGAGUGGAGCAAUCUACUCAAAUUGUUUUAGAGUUGCUUAGAAGUUCGAGUUUUCCAAUGCUAUUGGUGCAUCCGUAUGGGAACUUUGUUAUCCAGUCUGCACUUAAAAUAUCUAAGGGUCUAGUUCUGAGACUUUUGCUGAAAGUGAUUGGGCUAAACAUUCCCAGAAUGCGCAGCAACAUGUAUGGAAAAAAGGUAAUAUAUUGUCUCCAGAAAGAGAGGCUAAUACCUGAGAUAUGAACAUGUUUGAGGAAGAUGGAAGUUUUGAUGCACAGAUUACUACCAAUUUUAACUGCUGGGGCUUGUAUGAUUUUGUUGUUUGUGCUGUGUUCUUCAGCCCUUUUGGUGUAUUUGUAAUUUUGCCUCUUAUAAUUUUGAGCAUGUGAAAGAUGUAUCAUUUGAAAGAAGCCUCAGUAUGUACUUUUUUUGAGUUUUCUUGUAGCAUCAGUCAUAUACAAAGGGAUGAUACAAAGUGUCUUGAAACUGUACAUUGUUAUAUUAUCCCAUAUUUUGAUUGUAUAAUAUUAAUAACCCAUUAUUUUU